AUGAGUCUUCAACUUCUACUUGAAAGGAAACCAUAUUAUGCAGUUUACGCUUUACCUUUUUCCCUGGUUCGGGAAGCAGCGUUUCGUGGUAAAGCACAUCAUCUCUUUUCCCUGGAAGACACAUCAGGCAUCGCCAUGCACUCCAGAAAACAACCAUCAACCGGUGCUCCAGCUAGCUCGAAAAGCCGGCUAUGUCCUACGCAGCAGCCGGAGGGGACAGUCCCUUGGUCGACGGGACUCUUUGCCUGCGGCUCCGAUGUUCCCAACUGUUGUAUUACAUGCUGGUGCCCUUGCGUCACCUUUGGACGAAUUGCCGAGAUCGUGGAGGAGGGAUCAACCUCAUGCGGAGCAAGGGGAGCAGUGUACACAUUAAUAGCUGUAUUUACAGGGUGUGGGUGUGCUUGUAUUUACUCCGGCUUCUAUCGGCAAAGAAUGAGGAGUCGAUACAGGUUGGAAGAGGGCCGCUGCAACGAUUGCUGUCUACAUUUAUGCUGCGAGAGAUGCGCCCUGUGCCAAGAAUACCGCGAGCUCAAGAACCGGGGCUUCGACAUGUCCCUCGGAUGUCAUGGGAACAUGGCGAGACAACAAAAUCAAGGAGCUCAAACGACAGCCGCUCCGGCGGUGGAAACCGGCAUGAAAGGAUAG